AUGGCCGCAGAAGAGGCGCUGAAGACGGUAGACCAAUAUAAGACUGAAAUAGAGAGACUGACCAAGGAGCUCACAGAAACGACCCAUGAGAAGAUCCAGGCUGCGGAGUAUGGGCUGGUGGUGCUGGAGGAGAAACUGACUCUCAAGCAACAGUAUGACGAUCUGGAGGCCGAGUAUGACGGCCUCAAACAAGAGCUGGAGCAGCUCAAAGAGGCAUUUGGGCAGUCCUUCUCUAUCCACCGUAAAGUGGCUGAGGAUGGAGAGACUCGGGAGGAAACACUUCUUCAGGAGUCUGCAUCCAAGGAAGCUUACUAUUUAAACAAGAUCUUGGAGAUGCAGAAUGAGCUGAAGCAGAGCCGGGCUAUUGUUACAAAUGUCCAGGCAGAAAAUGAGAGGCUCUCGGCUGUUGUACAGGAACUGAAAGAGAACAAUGAGAUGGUGGAGCUACAGAGGAUACGAAUGAAAGAUGAAAUCCGAGAAUAUAAAUUCCGGGAGGCCCGACUCCUUCAGGACUACACAGAAUUGGAAGAAGAAAAUAUCACAUUGCAGAAACUAGUGUCCACAUUAAAGCAGAACCAGGUUGAAUAUGAAGGCUUAAAGCAUGAAAUUAAGCGAUUUGAAGAAGAAACAGUAUUACUGAAUAGCCAACUAGAAGAUGCCAUUCGACUGAAAGAGAUUGCAGAGCAUCAGUUGGAAGAAGCCCUUGAGACACUGAAGAAUGAAAGAGAGCAAAAGAACAACCUGAGGAAGGAGCUGUCCCAGUACAUCAACCUCAGUGAUAAUCACAUCAGCAUCUCAGUAGAUGGGCUCAAGUUUGCUGAGGAUGGAAGUGAGCCAAACAACGAUGACAAGAUGAAUGGGCAUAUCCACGGGCCUCUUGGGAAACUGAAUGGAGACUAUCGUACUCCCACCACCAGGAAAGGAGAGUCUCUACACCCUGUGUCUGACUUAUUCAGUGAGUUGAACAUUUCAGAAAUUCAGAAAUUGAAGCAGCAGCUUAUUCAGGUAGAGCGGGAAAAAGCUAUUCUUCUGGCCAACCUCCAGGAGUCACAAACCCAACUAGAACACACCAAGGGGGCACUGACAGAGCAGCAUGAACGAGUGCACCGGCUCACAGAACAUGUUAAUGCUAUGAGGGGCUUGCAAAACAGCAAAGAGCUCAAGGCUGAGAUAGAUUGUGAGAAGGGCCGGAACUCAGCUGAGGAAGCCCAUGACUAUGAGGUGGACAUCAAUGGCUUAGAGAUCCUUGAGUGCAAAUAUAGAGUGGCUGUCACUGAAGUCAUUGAUUUGAAAGCAGAAAUUAAGGCCUUAAAGGAAAAAUAUAAUAAAUCUAUAGAAAAUUAUACAGAAGAAAAGACCAAAUAUGAGAGUAAGAUCCAAAUGUAUGAUGAACAAGUGACAAACCUUGAGAAGACAUCUAAGGAGAGUGGUGAGAAGAUGGCCCACAUGGAGAAGGAGUUGCAAAAGAUGACUGGCAUAGCCAAUGAAAAUCACAACACCCUCAAUACAGCCCAGGAUGAAUUGGUGACAUUUAGUGAGGAACUAGCCCAGCUUUACCACCAUGUGUGUCUAUGUAAUAAUGAAACUCCCAAUAGAGUCAUGUUGGACUACUAUAGACAAAGCAGAGUUACUCGAAGUGGCAGCCUCAAGGGGCCUGAUGAUCCCAGAGGGCUUUUGUCGCCAAGAUUAUCCAGGAGGGGUGUGUCAUCCCCUGUAGAAUCAAGGACAUCAUCUGAACCAGUUUCAAAGGAAAACACAGAGACUAGUAAAGAGCCAAGUCCAACUAAGACUCCCACAAUCUCUCCUGUUAUUACUGCCCCACCAUCAUCUCCAGUUUUGGAUACAAGUGAUAUCCGCAAAGAGCCAAUGAAUAUCUACAACCUUAAUGCCAUAAUCCGGGACCAAAUCAAGCAUCUGCAGAAAGCAGUGGACAGGUCCUUACAGCUGUCUCGUCAAAGAGCAGCAGCCCGAGAGUUGGCCCCCAUGAUCGAUAAGGACAAGGAAGCCUUAAUGGAAGAGAUUCUCAAGCUGAAGUCCUUGCUGAGCACCAAACGGGAGCAAAUUGCCACACUGAGGGCAGUGUUGAAAGCCAAUAAGCAGACAGCUGAAGUGGCUUUAGCUAACCUGAAGAACAAAUAUGAAAAUGAAAAGGCAAUGGUUACUGAAACAAUGACAAAACUGAGGAAUGAGCUAAAGGCUUUAAAAGAAGAUGCUGCAACCUUCUCAUCCCUGAGAGCAAUGUUUGCAACAAGAUGCGAUGAAUAUGUCACACAGUUGGAUGAGAUGCAGAGACAGUUAGCAGCUGCAGAAGAUGAGAAGAAGACUCUAAACACUUUAUUGCGAAUGGCUAUCCAGCAAAAACUCGCCCUGACACAGAGGCUGGAGGACUUAGAGUUUGACCAUGAGCAGUCCCGACGCAGCAAAGGCAAACUUGGAAAGAGCAAGAUCGGCAGCCCUAAAGUAAGUGGGGAGGCGCCAGACACCGCGCCUACCAUAGACACUUACCUCCUGCAUAGUCAGGGCCCACAGAUCCCUACCAUUCGGGUCAGCAGUGGCACUCAGAGGAAAAGACAAUUUUCACCUUCCCUUUGUGAUCAGAGUCGUCCCAGGACUUCAGGGGCUUCCUACCUACAGAAUUUAUUAAGAGUUCCCCCUGAUCCCACCUCCACAGAAUCAUUUCUUCUGAAGGGUUCCCCUUCCAUGAGUGAACUCAUCCAAGGGCAUCGGCUCAGCAAGGAAAAAAGGUUAACCGUGGCUCCACCAGCAAAAAGAGAUUGUCAGCAGCCUGCUGCCUCCGUACCGCCACAGUGCUCACAACUAGCUGGGAGGCAAGACUACCCAACUGUCAGUCCGGACAUUGCCCUCAGUAAGGAGCAGCCACAUUCCAGCUCACAGUGUGCACCUCUUCAUUGUCUCGCCAAGCCUCCUUACCCCUAGUCUUCAUCUCUCAUGGAUGAAUAUCUGGACUGAAGGUUUUUUAACCACAGAGAGGGCAUUGCCUAAGAUCUGGCAGGUGUUUUCUUCUUGGAUGUUAGAUGUACAUGUAGAUUCCAUCAUUUUUGAAAAGAAAAGAGAAGAAUAAAAUGAUGCAUAGACCCUUGUGUGAUCAAUUUAAGGUUUCUCUGAAUCACAGAUGACCUGCAAUCAAAUGGCAACAGUUCACUUGAAACUGAAAUGAAACGUGUAUUUCAGAUAGCUGGCUUUACCUCCAUAGCAUAAAAGAGAUCCAAGACAAUGUAAAAUAGAUAUGCUGUAAAAUCAUCUUUCCCUGUACUCCAAAGUCAGCUAUAGAUGUUGAUUCUAAUAAUUUUCAUUGAUACUUAUUUUAUAUUUUAUUUUCUGUAUGGUUUAUGGUUAUAAAGAUAAUUUCUGUAAGCAGAAUUCAUUUAUUUUAAAGAGUCAUAGUUUACUUAGUUAUUUAAAGUUUUAAUUUAGUUUAAAAUCUGAAACUGGCCAGAUUCUGGUCCUUUUUCUUGCAGAAAAUUACAAAUAAGGUGCAUCAGAAUGUUAACAAUAACUAUUUUGCUGCUACAUGAAUAUUCUUUAUGCAGUUAUUUUCUAAUCAGUAACUCAUUAAUUGUCCGUUAUUUUUUUUAACUAGAGUCCUUCACUAAACAUUUACUAAGUAAAUCUAAGAAAGAGGCAAAGCUAUGAUUCAUUGACUUAAUCAAGUUUUGAGGGUAUCUUUAAUUUUUUAAAAUUGCAGUUGAGUAGAUAGAUAUAUUGGUGCUGCUCCUGUGUGUGUGUGUGUGUGUGUGUGUGUGUGUGUGUGUGUGUGUGUGUGGUCGUAUUAAAGAAGGUCAAAUUAUUUGAAGGAAAGAAAUAAAUGUGCUUAUUUAAUGACCACAAAUUUUUUAAACUUUUCCAAAUUUAGGGUCUUACUAUGGGUUUCCCACUAAAAGGGAUCACAAUAAAUGCAAAAAUAUAUACAUAAUAACUGUAAGUUAGCCUUGGCUAGUUAAUUUAUGCAGAAAGUGUAUGUUUUGUUGUUUGUUUUCUUUUUCCACAAUGAAUCUUCCUUGCCAAAAAAAAAAAAAAUAGAUAGAUAGAUAGAUAGAUGAUAGAUAGAUAGUAAACCUUAGCUCAUUGUCUACUUUUAACAAACACUCAGGUGCCUACAGUCAUAUUAUAUUGAGAUAAGACAUGUUCCUACUUAAUUUACAGAUUCUGCUAGGUAAUUUUAUGACUUUAUUUAAGGCAAUAGAAUUUCAUAGAAAAAUUUAGUUUUUGCAUUAUUGAGAAAACAAGGACAACAGCUAAUUGAGCUGUAAGGUCUAACUUGGAUUCCUCAUUUCUCAAGUGCUGCCCACAUAAUUGCGCCUAACCCUGACUCCUUGUCUUUGUCAGGUAGCCUUAACUUACAUAAAACCAUAAAGGUUUUAUUUUUUUCAUGUAACAGUAUCUUUAACUUCUCUUCAAAACAGAACUAGUCCUCACUGUUAGCAAAAAGAUGACUAACGUUGUAGGACACCAACAAUGGCGAUUUUAGAGCUACCCAGCUUGUGGAGGGGAAGAUGUGGCAUGUUUAUGGAGUGGUCCACCUAAGGCCAGCUGUCAGCCACAAAGCACAUUGCAGAAAUAUUUUUUGUUUGUUAUGUUCCUGUUGAGUACCAGUCAUAGUUACCAAAGCAACCCCAAGAUGUUGUGUUCUUUAUCAGGUUAAUAAUAGAUACUAUGGAACUUCUCAUUAAUCAGAAUCCCCACAUAGUAGUCCCUCCUGUAUUGCUUGAUUGUUCUUAUACAUUUUCCUCAUUUAAUGGUGUUAAGUCUACCUGGUGCCAAUAUUAGUGAGACAGUACAGAUUUUUGUCAGCGUUCAAUUAAAGACAACUUCCUCCAUUCUUUCUUUUCUUUUUUCCCUUUGCUUAGCAUGAUUCAAAACCCAAGAAGUGUCAGAAUUACAAAGUCAAUUUUGUACCUGAGGAAAUAAGGACCUCAAAACAAGUUGUGUCUUUGGACUGGGAACUCAACUGUGGAUCUCUUCUCUGUGUAACCACUGUUGACAUAGCUGCAUCGUGUUUGUGAAUAGAGUUGACUUCUUCCAAUGUGACAUUUAUCAGUCUGUUAUAAACAAUUUUUAUUUUAGUUGUUUAUUUAAAUAUAGUGGAAAUUUUUGUUUUGAAAUAUUAAUUUUAUAAAUAUUAAUUUUAAAUAUUAAUUAUAAAAUAUUAAUUUUAACAGAACUUUAAUAAGAAGACAUAGAAAUUUUGAAAAAAAUCUCUCAUUUUCAGCACAAAAGUAGGUAGUAAUUGCUAAGCAGUAAGAGACUAUCAUGUAUUUAUAUAAUAACAUCAUUUAAUGCAGUUUAAACUGAGCUGUAUUUAUAUUUAUUUAUUUACAGACCCUUUCAAUGAAUAAAUGUAGAAUGCUGAUAAAAAAUGAGUACCUAUAAAGAUAAUAUCAAAAUGCAAAAAGUGAAAACUGGUGAAACAAAAAUCCAUGAAUCUCAGUGCGUUUGAUAUUAAAAUAUAAAGUAUAGAAAUUCUACAAAUGCUAAUUGUUAUAGACAUUUUGAACAAAAGUGAGAGGUGAUGUUUAAAAUUAGUUAUCAAAGUAACCAACUAUUAUUAUAAAAUUUCAUUACAUUGUAGUGUGUGUGUGUGUGUGUGUGUGUGUGUGUGUGUGUGUGUGUGUGUGUAAGUCAGAGGAAAACCUAUAGAAGUUGCUUCUCUCCCACAACUGUGUGGAUCCCAGGGAUUGAACUUAGAUUAUCAAGCCUAGUGGAAAACAUCUGUACCUGCUGAGCCAUCUUAUUGGUUCCCACUUUUUUUUUUUUUAAUGUAAGCACAAUUACAAAGCUGAAUACAUGAAUUAGUAUGCAGAAAUGCUUUCUCACUAAGGAUUUUCAUUAAAACAUAAUAGUAAAACAAAAAGAAGCAAUAAAUUGCUUUUGACCUAAGUGCUUAGGAGCAUGAACAAAACUUUGGAUGUAUAAACCUUUUGCAUUAUCUAAUUCUGGAUUUAAAAGAAGGAGAAGGAGGAAAAAUGAAUUUUGAAAACUUCUAGAGAAUAUGUCUAUAAAGGAAUGAAGAAAAGACUUAUUUGGAAAUUAUACUUUAUAUUUGCCUAAAGGAGAAGAGGUACAAUAAUGAAAUCCAACAAAAAGAAUUUAACAAAUGACAGAAAGUAGCUACAGAGCCUAUAAGACUAAAUGAGAAGGGUUAAUAUUGCCUGUAGGAAAGAGAUAUUUUAAAGUGGAAAAUUAAUCAUUGGAUAGUUAUAAAGAUUUGUUUUUAAAAACUAGAAUGAUACUGGUAGUCUUUGUAAGUAUAGACAAUUUACAAUAAUAUAUAAUCCUAGGAGUCCACAAUUCUAUGAUUCUUUUGUUUUAAAAUUUAAAAUAUAUUGAAUUUUUACUGAUUGGUCAUGGAAUAUUUUUACUUUUAAACUAGGAUAACAAUCUUAAUUUUCUAAGAUAUUUAUUAUUUUUAGAAGGAUUUCUUUAAAAUUAUCUGAAGUGCAGCAACUUCAUUUAAAGAAGCUUCAGUGUCAGAGUCUAAAAAACAAAUAUACCCAAGAAAACUUCAUAAAUAGAAUAAAUGCAAUCUUGUAGAGAAGACAAAUACUUUUUAAAUUUUAUUUACUCACAAAAAUCUUCUGUCUUUAACAUUUGCUUUAUCUAUGCUGUAGAACAUGUUCUUAUACAGAUAAGCCCUUCUCUAUUAGGUAAGCAUGAACAAUUGGUCUAUUAAACUAGCUAAGAAUGUGGAUGUUCCCUUAUAUACUAUAUUGAAUGAAAUCCUCUCUAGUAACCAAGUACAGGUUACAAAUAAUUAUAUGAACAAAUCAAAUAUAUUUUCAACUGUGAUAAAUGUCAAGUUUUACUGUAUAAUUCAGACAAAAGAUUUAAUCUUUCUUACAAAGAAAUCAAUGGGCCGGAGUAAGGAGUAAUUCAGCCAUGGGGUGUUUGCUGAACCUGUGUGAGAAGAUAGCACCCACUGCACUGCAAACAAACACUGAUAUUUCCCUGAAUAAAAUCCUGUUCAUUCAAUCCAAGGAUGUCACAAAUGAAUUAAUAUUGUACAUACAAUUAAAUUUGUAAAACCCACAAUGUUUAAAACUUUUGUUUUUAAUAAAUCAGAGUGAUUUAAAAUAUCUUGCAUUAAGGCUGCAAAAUUUAUGACUUUUCAAAUAAAGCAGAAAGCUACUGAAGUCAUGCUAGUCAGCAUAGCCAGUGCCAAGGUUGAAAAGUACUUACUUCAAAAUCAGUGUCCUAGCUCCUGAGUUACCAUAUCCAUUCUUUUGAUAUGAUGAGUUUUUGGAAAAUAAAUUUAUCUUUAAAUGUUAUUUUAAUUAUCAUAGUCCCUAAUAUCUUGUAACCUGUUUUUUACUUUAAUCCCCAAAAGAUUUCAAAUAAGAUAUCUCUUUUAUUACUCAAGAUAUAAAGUAACGAUGUAAUUGGUGUUAAAAUUAAAAAUGUUCUUAAAUUUGGGAUUUUUCAGAAAUGACAAUCUGUUUAUGAGGAGCAAGCAAUUAACCUCCAUUAGUGUAAAGCAAGAGUAUAAGAUGUUUGCAUGAAAUAUUUCACAUCAUGUAAGCUUUCCCAUAUCCAUAAUAUUGACUCUAUAUAGAAAUCUUACUUUUGAUCUUGCCAUUAGGAAUGAAGGAGGCUGUUACAUGCACUGGGUCUCCUUUCCAUACUGAAGUGCAUGGCUUUAUCCCUCAAUUUUAUUUUUACAUCUCUCAGAUGGAGUUAUUUAAUAAUCUACCACAUUUGAACUGAAGCUUAAAUGACCUGCUGAUUUGGAUAAUUUCUGAAAUUGGAGUUUGAUUGCUCCAGCAAAUGUAGAUUUGCUGAGAAUUUAUUUUUAUUUUAACUUCUGUACAUAAUCAGCCUCUGCUCAAUAUACCUCUCUGAUGAGACCGUUGAGAAGUAAAUUUGAUGUUUCUUAGUAUGGAUGUAUGCCUUUUUUUGUUUGUUUGUUUCAAAAAAAUAAUUUUUUUACAUUUUAUUUUAUUUUAUGUAUUUAUUUAUUUAUUUUUUAGAUAGAGUUUCUCUGUAUACUCCUGGCUGUCCUGGAACUCACUCUGUAGAUCAGGCUGACCUUAAAUUCACAGAGAUCUACCUGCCUCCCAAAAAGUCUUUAUCAGAGAACUAUGAAGUUAAGGGAAAUGACACUGCUGUGUUGACAAGUCUUUAUCUUUUAAGGGAGAAACAGAGGAAUCAUUGGGUUCAUAGCUAUGACUGUGUGUCAUAUCAGAGGAAAUACUUUUUAAUUGUAUUGCCACAGAACUUUUAAGCUCAAUGGUCUGACUGUUAGAGUCCAUUAAACAAUUUUGAAAGUAUUUUAAGACUUUUUUGUAAUAUAUUCAGUGUCUUUAUUUGCAUGGCUAUGCAUAUGUGAAGAUGUGAUUCUGAUGCUGUGCUUCUUUCCCAUGUUAAAAUUUCUGUUGUGUGUGUUCAAACCUAAUUUCUACACUGUAUGAUUAUUCUUGUAAUGAUUCAGUUAUUCCAACCUUUAUUAUUAUGCCUUUGGGGAGUAAACAUUGUGAAGUGUUUCUAUCAAAUAAUAAUAAUACCAUGAGAACAUGACUGAAAGAUUAAUUUAAGAAAUGCCUUUCUUGCUAAUUAUUUUUGAAAUUCAAACAUUAGAGAAAUUAUCAAAGACACAUGCAUUUAAGUACAGAAAAUUCUUAUAACUUUAUUGUUUGCUGUUCUUUUUACUUUUUUGUAGAUAAUCCUAAAUGAAUCUCUCAAGGGAGAAUCCUUAUCUCAUAUGUUUGUUUCUGUGCACUCAAUAUGUGUGAAAGGCACCCCAUUGCUAAGGAAAUAACUAGAUACUAAUAAUUAUUAUCUUGGUUAAUCUUACCAAUUGACCAUAUUGUAUUGCAAAACUUUUUCCAGUAAAUAAAUGGAUUAUCUUUUGUUUAUUUCAUCAAUGCUAAAUUUUCAUUAGUUUACAAUUUUUCUGUUUGCCAUUUUCAUUUAUACCUACAACAAAUAAAAAGUAUAGGAAUCAC